AUUUCUCUUCUAACUCUUAGGCUGCUUUAAAUCCAUUGAACUUCUAGAACAAUCACACACAAUCAUUUAGUCUUGACAAGAUGUCUUCCGAAACAUCAACAAAACCUACUAUUUACAUGAUCCGACAUGGAGAGAAGCCCGAUGAAGUCCAUGGAAAAGAACCAGAUGGAUUAUCUGCUCAAGGCCAAACGCGCGCAAAUGAUCUCCCUACCGUCUUUGGACAGAAUUCGUCCUAUAAUAUUGGAUACAUCAUGGCAGAGCAUCCUCACCACGGCGGCGGUCGUCAGCGACCCUAUGAUACUGUGAAGCCGUUGGCAGAUGCGCUCGGGUUAAAGGUCCACAAAAAGAUUGAAAGGGAUGAUUACGCCGGAGCCGCAAGCGAAGCUUUGUCCUUUGAGGGUCCAGGGAAUGUACUGCUUUGCUGGGAGCAUCACUCUCUUGGAGGUAUUGCCAAGGCGAUUGGUAUCCAGGGUUACGCAGCAGCGACUGGGUGGACUGGCGAGGUGAAGUAUCCUGGCGAUAGGUUUGAUCUGAUUUGGGUUGUACCACCGCCGUAUACAGAGAUCACCGUGGUAGGAAGUGAGCAGGUUCCUGGCUUGGAUGAUGGAGUCCACGUCAAUGCUAAUGGAGAUGUUCCCCCUCCUUCGGCUAACUGA